GAGGGUAAUUUCCCAUUGGCCACCAGCAAAACCGCAGAUAUCCGGUUUGGGAGCUGGGCCGCAGCGCGCGGAGGCCGCCAUGGUGCGGUUUAAGCACAGGUACCUACUGUGCGAGGUGGUGUCUGAUGACCCCCGUUGCCGCCUGAGUCUGGAGGACCGAGUGCUGGGCGGCCUCAUACGGGACACGAUCGCCCGCGUGCACGGGACUUUCGGCGCAGCCUCCUGCUCCAUCGGCUUCGCGGUAUGUCCUCUUGAGGCCAAUCAGAGUCUGAGCCCGAGUCUGCGUGAGUCCGAGGUUAGGCGGAGAGCUAAAAGCAGAAGGCAGUGGCACUUUGGAAAAGAAUCGGCUUUAUCAGUUUCACUGCGAUACCUCAAUGCCUAUACUGGAGUAGUGCUACUUCGAUGCCGGAAGGAAUUCUACCACCUCGUGUGCUCAGCUCUUCCUUUCAUCACAUACUUGGAGAACAAAGGACACCGUUACCCGUGUUUCCUCAACACCUUACACGUGGGAGGUACAAUUAGAACAUGCCAGAAGUUCCUGAUUCAUUACAACAGGAGACAGCUGUUGAUCUUAUUGCAGAACUGCACCGACGAAGGAGAACGGCAAGCUAUCCAGAAGUCUGUUGCCAGAAGCUGUUUACUAGAGGAGAGGUCAGAUGAGGAGUUUUCGGAGAGUGGUGAUGAGGAGGCUGCUGAAGCAAUGGAGUGAACCUCUGCAGGCUGUGCUGGGCCCGAGAUUCAAGGGCCAGUUGUUGGAACAGGACAUUCUGGGAGGCAGCAGCAUCUGCUACAAUUUUGCCAAAGUGGAUGACUGCUCACCAGAGGCCAAGGUAUCAGCUCAAAGUAGAGGACUUGUUCACUUAAACUGAAGUCACCUUUACCUAGCGCUGCCAGGUUUAGUGGUCCUGCAGGUGGUGAACCCCAGGCAGUUACAGACUAUCUGUGUCUAAUUGCCUGGCUGAGUAGGUUUAAUAAAUGUACUUGGCAGGGCACCUGGGUGGCUCAGUCGGUUAA